AUGGUUGCUAAUGCUCUUCUUCCCCUAGUCUCCCUUCCUCCUCAUCAGCUUGUUCCCUCCAGAAUUCCUUCCGUCGCUCUCCGCGUUUCCAUCAAUGGUAGCGGGUCAGUGCGCGCCUUGCGGACCCCCAAUUUCUCCGCCAAGGUGGUCCAUCAGUGCAGUAGGGAAGCGCUUGAAGCCGUCAACAUUGCGGAAGACGUCACCCAGGUCUGCGUGUAUUUAUGUGAAUUUUUAACUCCAUUUCUCUAGUUUAUCAUCCUCGCUCUGUAUGUGGUGCCCUGUCCGUGGGGAUGGAUGUUUUGUGGGUUGCAUGGUGCCAAACCCUACUUCUGAAGAGUGAUGAUUGCCUUCAAGAGAGUCGAUAAGUGUCUAGUGUAAAAUAUCUCGAUGGAAAUAAGGUCUGGGAAGUGAGCAAGCCACCCGUGUUUUUCAAUUGUCAUAAGGUUGCAAUUAUUUCAGUGUUAGUUCGUAUAUUACUUGAGACAGGAUUAAUCUUUGUAUUUUUCUAUUUCAAGAAUUCAGCGACAUGUUUUUUUUUUAGAAUCGUCGGAGAGGUUAAGGAAGAAUCGACGAGCUUCAAUUUGGGUAGCAUGUCAUAUAUUUUCAACACUGGUUCAUGGAACUCUGUUAUCUCCUGUUGGAACCGUCUCGUGGAAUGGAAGGAUGGUGCUUACAAACUGAGCAUAUUCUCACAAGUUGUUGCAUUGAUGUUUAUGGUGGAGUUUAAUGCUUUGGUGAUGAUACCUCAAUAGAUGCCGGCAAUACACUGGCCUGAUGAUACCUUCCUUGCCAUCAUCUCUUGCUUCACUUGAAGUUCUAUUGUUCUUUUUUGCUGUAACUCUAGCCAUCAUCAUUGUCCUGGUGGUUUAUUGACAGAUUUUUUUUCUCUCUUUGCCUCCCUUAGCCACAAGUCACUGGAGGGACGGUGUAGACUCACUGUGCUUUGUUGCUAUCACAGUUUCAUUUUCAUUUCCUCAGUUCCCAGGCAAAUGUUGUCAAAAAAUUUGCACGCAUAUUCUUCAUGUUUACAUCGCAUUUUCUAGUUUGCAUGAAAAAAAUAUUGUGACACUGCUGAUUAGAAAAUAAAAGGUUUAUAUCCUCUGCUGAUCUUCCAAUGUUUGAUCCUGGCAGUUGAUUGGGAGUACACCUAUGGUAUAUCUUAACAAGGUGGUAGAUGGUUGUGUGGCUAACAUAGCUGCAAAGUUGGAAUCUAUGGAACCUUGCAGAAGUGUGAAGGAUAGGUGAAUUUCUUUCAUCCUUAUGAUCAUGUCAUGUUAACGUGCACAGGUGUUCAUUUACUGAUUCACCAUAUCUGUGACAGGAUUGGAUGUAGCAUGAUAUCUGAAGCCGAAGAGAGCGGAGCUAUCAUUCCUGGGAAGGUUAGACUUUCUCCCCUGUUAAGUUCUAGUUUCUGUGUGCUUUUGGAGAUCCUAUCAUGUACAAUUUUCCAGUCUGAUGCAGAGUAUUUUAGUAGAGCCAACCAGUGGAAAUACUGGAGUUGGUAUUGCUUUUGUAGCAGCAGCCAAGGGAUACAGGCUUAUUGUUACCAUGCCUGCUUCAAUAAACCUCGAAAGACGUAUUCUACUUAGAGCAUUGGGUGCAGAGAUUGUUUUGACAGAUCCCGCAAAAGGGUUAAAAGGAGCUGUUGAUAAAGCAUGUGAGAUAGUUAGUAAGACACCAAAUGCGUAUAUGUUUCAGCAGUUUGACAAUCCAGCUAACACAAAGGUUUUCUUUCCCCGCACUUUAUAUGGAUCUUCAUGUUCUUCUUAUCCAUCUAUUUUUAGAUGUCUAAUUUGAAUCAAUUACAGAUCCACUUUGAAACCACAGGCCCAGAAAUCUGGGAGGAUACCAUAGGAGGUGUUGACCUAUUUGUCGCUGGAAUAGGAACAGGUGGUACUAUCACAGGCACUGGGCGCUAUCUCAAGAUGAUGAAUGAACAUAUCAAGGUCUGAACAUUAAAAUUAUCCUAUGUUAAAUUUUAUCUGUGGAGGUUGAAAAUAUACGGUAAUCUCGUUACAAGUAUUCCUUUCAUUGUUCCAGUGUUAUACUGCUGUGUCAUAUGCCACCUUCAUUUAAAAAAAAAAACAUAUGUCAUAUUUUAAUUUGAUCAGUUCAGGAAAUUAUAACUGCAGUCUUUUCCAUGGAUCAGUGUUCAGUGAAAUUAUAACUUCGAUGGAUUGUGUUUAAAAACGAAAUCAUUGAAAAUAUGAAGAUAAGCCAUGCAACCUAAAACUAUGACUAGUUUCUCUCCUAACGGCUUCUAAUUAAUCUUUCUGGACAUUGUUGUUUUAAUGAUAUUCAUAAUACAUGAAGUCAAAUUAAUACCUUACCUUCUAUCAUUGCUGCUUUUGUAGGUGAUUGGCGUAGAACCUGCUGACAGAAGUAUUAUCUCUGGUGAAAAUCCAGGUUGAAAAUAGUCCUUUUUUCUGCUUCAGAACCACCCGAAGCAGGUGUUUUUAUUUUUCAGUACUCAAAUUUGUUGACUACUUCUUACAGGCUAUAUACCAAGCAUUUUGGAUGUUAAACUGCUUGACGAGGUUAUAAAGGUGAGAAUGCUCUUUGAUUUCUGUUUUCCCCUAAACCACGGGAUUAAAAUAAUGUAUUCAUGUACAUCAGUUAAAAGUUAUUAUGUUUUCAUGAUUUUUUUGCACACUUAUUUCUAAAGUUUAACGUUAACAUCUUAUAACAUUUCUGAUUCCUUAGAAAUCUCCAUUCAUCUAUGUGGACUGGGAUCUUCUUUUGAUAAUUUGAUUUGACAAUAUGACUGAACUUCCCUGUACAUAAAUAGGUGUUGCUCGUUAUCCAUCCCUGUGGCUGAAUUCACACAAGAUAAACGUGCGAAAGUAGUGCUUAAUAAGGGUAUUUUCAUUUGUAUGUUCUGGGAGGAAACAUCUUCCUACUUGAAGGUUUAUAUUAUUUUUGCUAUUGUAGGUUGGUGGAUCCGCUUGUAUUUAGAAUGAGAUUUUAAUUUAUGUGGAUGGUAAUUCGUUCCCAUUUUAUUUGACAUCACUAAUGUGGGAGGGGUCAAAAAAACGGGAUGGAGAUUAGCUAGUUUCAGUGGGAUACUACUGAGAUUCUUAGCUCAUUGAAUAUUAUUCCUGGAUGAAGAUUUGUAUACUUUUCUUGAAGAUGUGUUGAUGUUACUUUCAAUGGGUCAACAUUUUAUUUAGAAAUCAUGGUCCCUGUUAUAGUUAGACUUUGACUGCCUGAUGCUAAUAUGCUGAAACUAUUCCAUAAUUAGAUUAGCACUGAUGAAGCAGUUGAAAUGGCGAGGACAUUGGCUUUGAAGGAAGGGUUACUGGUAAGCUUCCGAUCAGAUGUGUUAUAGAGAAGAAGAAAAAAAAAAUUGCUGUUGUAAAUCCAAUUAUCGUAUUCUUCUAACUUUAGCAGAAAUAUUAAUAAUAUUGUAAAAUCCUUUCAAUGUAUGCAGGUUGGCAUUUCAUCAGGUGCUGCUGCGGCUGCUGCUGUCCACGUGGCUAGGAGACCUGAAAAUGCUGGGAAGCUCAUUGUGGUGAGAUUGUGUUCAUUUUCUUCCUCUGGGUUUUAUAUAGCAUUUUUCAUCCAUAUUCAAAAGCUAUUGCUCUGAAGAAUUGCACAUUUCUCUUCAUAAUCAUGAUAUGUGGGAUGUCCAAAUCCGGAUGAUAUGAGCACCAGCCCAUUGAUUACACAUUUCUCUUCAUAAUCAUGAUAUGUGGGAUGUCCAAAUCCGGAUGAUAUGAUCACCAGCCCAUUGAUUACACAUUUCUCUUCAUAAUCAUGAUAUGUGGGAUUUCCCAUUCCGGAUGAUAUGAGCACCAGCUAUUGGUUACACAUUUCUCUUCAUAAUCGUGACAUGUGGGAUUGCCCAAUCUGGAUGAUAUGGGCACCGGCCCAUUGGAUUCUUUGAUCACCCAGUCUUUAAAUAUGGUUUAAUUCGGCCAAUUUUGAUCCCCAUCAGGAUCGAAUCUUCCCAGUUCUUCUCUUGACCAGGGCAUCUGAGAUCAACCCAUCGGCAGUAGUGGCCUACCUGAUCUUUGGUUCCAACUUUAGUCCAAUCUGACCCCAUUGGGCUGGGGUUCUUGACAGUCCCCGGAGGUAUGGACCGUCUGCUGCAACGGAUCUUGACCGGCCCUAAUCAAGAUCAACUACAUGGAAUUGACCCAUCUAUAGAUCUGGCUCAAAGUCAACACAGUUCUUCAUACCCAGCCAAACCGGAGUCUUUGAUGAUUCCGUAUGGCUGAUCCAACUGUGUUCUUCGAUCACAUGAUCUGGCUGGCCCGAGCCCAAUCCAAAUUGGCGGGGCCUCAUACGCUCUUUGACUUCCCAUCAUCUUUGUCAGCUGCUUUCUAGAUCUUAUGGCAACCAGAGUCAGUUCCUGACGUCUCCAUGGAUGAUCUUGCGGCAGGUUAUCUUCCCGAGCUUCGGUGAGAGGUACAUCUCCUCUGUUCUUUAUGGCUCCAUUUAUGAGGAAGUCCAGAAGAUGAGGCAGAAGUGA